CAAAGACGAUAUAAACAGGCGACCCAUGCCCGGCUGUAAGAUUCAGGCAAUGCCAUUUUUAUUGAGUUUCUAAAGUAUUUGACCUGUCAAUGUAAAUAUGUCAGACUGCAAUCGAGACCAGCAAACCUCUUCUUUUACUUGGGAACAGCAAGAAGCUUCUUGGAAAGGAGAAGAUUCACUCAUUUCUUGGUCAACUGUCAGAAAGGAAAGUCUGGUGUCUCUUAAACAAGAGGAAUUACAGACACGCACUGCAAAUUAUGAAAAAGACAUUCCUCAGAUAGUCUCUGUCUUCUCUUUAAAAUCAUCAGUUACUGAUUUGAUACAAGACAAUGAGAAGCUGAACAAUUCUCUUGGUCCAGGGCACCUAACAGAAUCGGAAAAAAAUUCUGCAGAAUCAAACUACAGCUGCCCACAGUGUGGACGUGGAUUUGAAACUUCUUUUCAGCUCACAGAACAUCAACGACUUCACACAGGAGAGAGGCCAUAUAAAUGUGUUCGCUGUGUGAACCAUGUCAGAGUUCACAAUUGAUCUACAGCUCAGUGAAAUUGGCUGUUUUCCAGUCUCUGUUAAAGAAGAAGAGAAGAGAACAUCUGCAAAAGUUAUUGAAGAUCCAAAAGGCAAUCCAUGUGACUCAGACCGACUAGCAGAGGACACUAUGGCUGUAAUUGAUGCACAACUUCCUAGCAAAGUUUCAGAGAAGACCGCCUAUGCCUGCACAACAUGUCAGCUCAAUUUCAAAACCUUCCUCCAAUUCAUGGAACAUCAGCGUGUUCACACAAAGGAACGACCAUUCAAGUGCUUCCAUUGUGGGAAGAUGUUUUGCCAUCUAGCUAACUUUAAGAUUCACAUGGAUAAGCAUGAAGUUGAAGAUAUUCACAAAUGUUCAUCCUGCAAUAAGGGAUUUUCAACAGUUGAGCUUUUAAAUGUACAUGCUAAUUCUCAUUGGAACUUCAAAUGUGAGACUUGCUCGCAGUCUUUCCAGGAUCAUACUGCGUUUAAGCGGCAUGUCAGAAAACAUAAACUGGAAAAUAGAUAUCGCUGUCCACAUUGUGGAAAAGGUUUCAGGAAAAACACCUACCUGAGGAGCCACGAGGCCACCCAUUCACGGGAACAGCCCUUUAAAUGUGAGGAUUGUGGGAGGUUCUUUAAAACUGAAGGCCUCCUUUUCAAACAUGAGUUUUUUCACUUAGGGGUUGAACCAUUUACUUGCCUUAAAUGUAAGAGAAAGUUCAAAGAUGGUAGCCUUUUUAAGAAGCAUAACUGUAAUAGCAAAAAAAUUCAAUGUAAUAAGUGUAACAUGUAUUUUGCCGGCCAAAGCUCGUUUGAUGCACACAUAACACCAUCUGGCUGUAAAGGAGAGAACUUACAGAAACAAACCUUAGUCUGUAAUUUCUGUGAAGACGCUUUUGAGACGCAAGAAACCUUAAGAGAGCACAAAAAGACCCAUCAGCUUGAAAAGCCUCUCUACACUUGCGUAUCCUGUGGAAAGACUUUUCGGUUCCCUUCCUCGCUCUUGGUACAUAUGCGCUCACAUACAGGAGAAAGACCUCUUAAAUGUGAAAACUGUGGAAAAACAUUUGCAUAUCGAUCAAGUUACUCCAACCAUAAGAAAUUUCACUGCAAUAGUAAACACAUUAAAAGGACUCGUAAAACUGAGGAAGAUGAGGAGGAAGAGGAAGAAGUGGAAGUGGAGGAGGAGGAGGAAGAAGAGGAUGAAGAUGACAUGAAGAUAGAAACUGAGGAUGAAGAAAGGGAUGAAACUGAAUUUGAAGAACAUAAUUCACAGAUACAAGACGAAUCCCAACUUCAUAAGUGUUUUGAUUGCGGAAAGUUAGUUGAGGAGGAUGAUCUUCACACACAUUAUAUGCAACAUGCCCAAGAUGGGAUUUGUUGAUAUAAAACGGUGAAUUAAUUUUAAACCUAUCCUGUAUAUUUGUUUUUGAGAAAAAUACUUUACCUGGGUUUGGAUAAACUGUUUGGUGGAUUUGAACACCGACAGACUGAUUUUGAACAGAGGCGCAAUAAAUUACUUCAUAAAUAAUCUGAAAGGGGUGUUUUUUUAAGCUUUGUUUUUUUUUUUCUACCAGUUAUACCACUGCAACAACUGUUUCAACUAAUUAUCCACACUUGAAAAGAAUUACCAAGAGACUAAGUUAAUAUUAGCUUUAGCAUGUUUGUAAGAUUUGUAUUUUGCACCAUGGUGUGCAUAAGAAAGUCAGAACUACUUAUGAUGACAAUUUUGCAAUGUUUUGUGUAUGGUGCAGUUCAAAAAUGAUUCAGAUUUUGCUGUCAUCCAUGGUUUAAGACUAAUAAUGUUUUUGUAAAUAUCUCCAACAUUCUGAUGUAUUUGAAAAUAACAACAGUGUUGCACUUUGAAUUUUUGUGUAAGCAAUACCUGUACUUGAUACUACUUGAAAGAAUUAGUGCAGACCGUGUCACCUGUUAAUUGUUUUAUUAUCAUGUCAUAGAGAAUUUUUUUUUCUUUUUUGCAUAGGCCAUCAGUAAAGCAUUUAUAAAUUCCACAAAAAAGACUUUAUACAGUGGUGAGUGAAAUGUGCAUUAUAAAACCAUCUUUCAAUUCUGACUUACUGUAGCCCUGGUCCAAGAGCAGGGAUUGCAUGUGACUACUCAGUUAUCUGAACUUCUUUGACCAGGAAAGCCAUAAACAGAAGAUCAGCAAUUGAAAUUUUGUACAAUUUUUAAAACCACUAUCAAGAUAAGUGUAACAGUAGGGCAAAGGAGACAGUCAGGAACAGGCAUGUGAUACAGCUUGAGUGACUGGCAAGAGGCUUUGUGCACAUUCAGAAUCAUUGCAGUAUAUCAAGUCAUUCUUUUUCUUGGGCAAAAAUAUGUAGUAACAGUUGGGUGAUCUUAAAAAAAAUUCUAACAAGGUGUUCCCAUUGUUGCCUGGGAAUCUCUCUUUCUUUGUCUCUGGCCCCACCCCUUCUGAUAUCUGCAUUGAGCCUUUGAUUUUGUGACAUUCUGUCUGUAUGAAUCAUGGAGGCUGCUUUCUUCAGUAGCAAGGCAAAGCUAGGUGAUCACACCCAUUGUCUUAAAACUGGGGUCCCCAGCUCUGGUCCUGGAGGAUCACAGUGGCUGCUGGUUUUCAUUUUAACUCUUUUCUGAAUAUAGGGACCCCUGUCUUAGAAGACGCUUAGCAGCUUAUUUAGUUAAUUAAAAAAGGGCACAUAACAUUAUCUUGUUAAACUGGCCCUUGUUGAGUAAGCAAUUGAAUAGUAAAACAUCACAUUUUUUAAAUCAUAUUACUGUUUAACUAGGUUUGUAAUAUCACAUAACCAGACUGUGCUCCAGUGUAUUCAGUUUUAAAAAUUUGGAGUGUUGUUCUUUGGGUUUAUUUUUCCUUGGUGAGAACACUACAUAAAGUAAUAGGGUAACUGAAUGUCUACAGUAUAUGGAUUGAUUUAUUUUUAGUGCAGGACCAAAUACAAUGCAUCAAAAACAAUAGGGCCAGGUAAAUUAGUCAAACACUAUUUGUGUACUUUUGUUCAUAUUUUGUGAGUAUGCUUAACUUAAAGCAGACGUUUCCAAGUUCAUUCCUAAAUACCACUGGGCAACAGGCUUUUAUUCAAAUUAGUUUCACAAAAAAGUGGGCCAUUCUUGUGUCUCAUCAAUCUUAAUUGUUUAGCUGGCCUUUUCCUUUCCUAUUCAUUUAUAGAAGUGCUUUAGUAUGAUAUUUGCAAUUACAAAAUGUUUUCUUGGUCAUAGUUUUAAACACUUUCUUUUACAAUUUUUAUUUCAAUUCACUUUCAUUCUUUGGAGUUUGCUCCUUAAAUUGUAUCCACAUACUCAAAAUUAGUGAUGAGCAAUGCAGACUCCAGUGCUAAUGACUCCAAAUAUUAAAGCAGAGCCACUACUUCAGUUCAUUUGUGUGAUAAUUAAUAAUUAAAGGCUUAACUAAGGUGCUCUCAAGUACAGUCCUGAGGGCCACCUUAACUUCAGGUGUUUGUCCCAACCACCACCUGCUUUUAACUGGACUCCUGACUUUUAUAUUAAACAAGUGGUCUUUUUCCUGAAAGUACAAAAUGGGUUUGCUACAUUUUUAGGGGACAGUAGCAAGCACUUGUACGUGCAAUAUUACUUUUUCUUGUUUUUUAAGAUUUUGCUUUUUGUGUUCUUGUCAUUUAAUUCUUCUUAUAGCUAAUCAGUGAAAUUUAUACAGUGGUAGCUGCUUACCUUUAGCACUCAGUGUCAUUUGCACCUGCGUCUGCACUUUUCAUCACUAUGUUAAUGUUUGGAUACAAUUAAGGGAGUAAUCUCUACAGGGAAAGAUUAAUGAAAAAAUACAGUAAAAGAAAGUUAACUUUUAAAGGUAUGACAAAAAAUACAAUUUUCUGAAUUUUGUUUACAUGUAAAUAUACUAGCACAUAUUUCUGAUUACAAAAUAAGA